UGUUCAAAUUGUCAAAUGUCAAUAAACAUUAAACACAAAUUGCAAAUAAAAAGUUUUAUUGAAAAACUUGAUAUAAACAUAAUUUUUUAUAUUUUUAUCAAAACACAAUAUUGAUAGAUUUACACAUUUCUUGAUUUCUUCACAUUCAAACGAUUCAACGAUUUGUAAGUUGCUCACAGCUAGACGUCUGUUGUAAUUUUAUACUUACAAAUCGUAUGAGAAUAAAGACUUGACUUAUCUCGAGUAUUAUAAGAAACGACUUCCAAACUGCGUCAGCGUAUUCAGUAACAGUAAACAGGAAGCUACAGCUUGUACAUUAUGCAUCAUGUUAUGGAUUCAGACAGUGAAGACGAAUUGCCGCCAGGAUGGGAAGAGAAGUCGACCGACGAUGGAAAUGUUUAUUUUGUAAAUACAUGUACAACCAAAAUACAAUGGACACAUCCUCGAACUGGAAGAAAAAAAGUGAUAUCUAAAGAUUUACCUUUUGGUUGGUCCAAAACAAUUGAUGAAAAUGGAAAAACAUUGUAUGUUCAAGUUGAAACAGGAAAUAAAACCUACGUAGAUCCAAGAUUAGCUUUUGCUAAAGAAGAAAAGAAAUAUACAAAUGACUUUCGGCAAAGAUUUGAUGGUUCUUCAACAGCUUUUCAGGUGUUACAUGGGGUAGACUUGUCAGGCAAAUAUGCCUUAAUAACCGGAUGUAACAGUGGUAUUGGUUAUGAAACAGCAAAAUCACUAGCUAGGCAUGGCUGUAAUAUAUUAUUUGCCAAUAGAAACAUGGAUGCAACACAAAAAGCAAUCAAGCAGAUUGUUGAAGAAACUAACGCCUCUGAGGAUAAUUUGAAAGCAAUAGAGUUAGAUCUAGCUUCAUUGCAUAGUGUUAAGAAGUGUGCCUCUUCCGUGAAAGCUGUAUUUUCAGAUCAUUUGGAUAUGUUGAUAUUAAAUGCUGGUAUAUUUGGUGAUGCUUAUGAAGAAACUGUUGAUAAAAUAGACAAAACUCUACAAGUGAACCAUUUGAGUCAUCUAUAUUUAGCUUUAUUACUUGAGCCCUUACUGAAGCGCGGAUCAAGAGUCGUUUUUGUAUCAUCAGAAUCGCACAGGUUGGCGAGUUUAAAAAAUGUAUUUGUAAACCAGGAUCUCUCCUGCCCAAAGGAUUGGUUUAGUUCAAUGUUGGCAUACAAUAAUUCCAAAUUGUAUAAUGUUAUUACUGCUAAAGUUUUAAGUGAAGAAUGGACAAAUAAAGGAAUAUGUGUGAACUCCCUCCACCCCGGGAACAUGGUGUACACUAAUCUUUCAAAAAGCUGGUGGUUGUAUGGUGUCUUAUUUUAUAUAGUUCGUCCAUUCACUAAAUCUUUACAACAAGCAGCAGCCACCACAGUAUAUGUAGCUACUGCGUCUGAAUUAAUCGGCGUUACAGGACUCUACUUCAACAACUGCUUUUACUGCGAAGAGUCCGCUUUAGCCCGUGAUAAAGAAAUUUCAAAUGAAGUAUUCUCCUUAUCCCUAAAAUUGAUAAAGGAUAGAAUGGGAUUGGAUGAUAUUAAAAAAUAUUUUGAUAACUAUUGCACUAAAUCAUAGAAUAUAAUAUAUAAAAAUGGAAUCAAUCCCUAUUUCCCUUGGUCAAAAAGGGGUUAACCGAUUUCGAUAAUAUUUUUUUUAUACCUACUAUUCCUUGAAGUACGAGGAUGGUACUUAUGGAGAGAAAAACGUAAAUAUGUACCACGGGCGAAGCCGGGGCGGACCGCUAAGUGUUUCCGCGCAUUAGGCGGCCAGGUCGCUGCGACCAACUAAUCUUGAAAUAAAAGUAAGGGGGGGGGGGGGGUUAUAUUUAAAAUAAGUCUUAUUUUAUUCUUCAACGACAACUAACUACUCUAUAUUAUAUUUUUAUUAUUUUAUGGAAUUAAAUAUAAUUAAUGUAUCAUCACUCGAAACGAUGUCACUGUGGUAAAAAGGAAUAAAAAUCUUGGUUUUAUAUAUAAAA